AUGUCUCUCAGCAUCCUCUCUCGUCGCGCUGCAGCUCCUCUCGUCGCGCCUCGCUUUGCCGUGGCUGCCCGACGUGGAUACCACGAGGUCGUGCACGACCACUUCAACAACCCCGGCAAUGUGGGCAGCCUGGACAAGGAGGACAAGAGCGUCGGGUCUGCCUUGGUCGGCAAGGCGUCCUGCGGUGAUGUGAUCAAGCUCCAGGUGAAGGUGGGCGAGGACGGCACCAUUCAGGAUGCCAAGUUCAAGACCUUCGGCUGCGGCUCAGCCAUCGCUAGCUCCUCCUAUGCCACGGAGAUGAUCAUCGGACAGAACAUCACCGAGGCGUCGAAGAUCACUAAUUCCGACAUCUCUUCGCACCUGAAGCUGCCUCCAGUAAAGAUCCACUGCUCUGUGCUGGCCGAGGAGGCUAUCCAGGCAGCCAUCGCCGACUACAAGACCAAGAACUCUUCCGAGGCCUCUGCGCUGCGAGGGACUCCAGCGUUCCCGUGA